UCCCUCAGUCUCAUUAAGAAAGCACUUUCCACCUAAAUCCUUUUAAAUAUCUCACUGCUUUCUCUUGACUUGGCCUUGCGCUCAUCGCCUCAACUUCUGCUCAUUCUUUUACAGCACAAAGGUGCCCUGGCCUAACCUUGCUAUUUGAAGAAGAUAAAUUUAGGAGUUUCCAAGUAAAUUAAACAUGAUAAAACGGUCGCCAAGUAGGAACCCUAGAUCCAAAGGCAUCAAGGUCAAGCAUGUUCUCCAGAUUAUUCUGUUGCUUGGUAUUUGCUUCUGGUUGAUAUAUCAGGUUAAGCAUUCCCAUGAUAAGAGGAAGGAGUUUGAUGACAAUGAUGCAAAAGUGUCGGCCAGAACUCAGACUGCUCAUCAGACUCCGAAACUUGGUAGAAAAGAUCUUCAUCCACGGAAGGAUGAAGUAAAUCAAAAUGAAAAGCACGAGGAAGAAGAGGAGGAUGAGAAUAUUGUAGAGGAUGAAGAUAAGCAUGUACACAGUGAACAUGAAGAAGAAGGAAAUGAGCAUGAAUCUGAAGAAAAAGAUGACAACAAGCAUGGGAUGAGAGGAGGAGAAGAGGAAGAUGAAAACAAAAACAACGAGAUGGAAGAUGAAAGAGGGGGAGGAGAUGAUGAGAUUGAUGAGAAUGAUCAAGAGCAAUUAGCAGUGGAUACUGAUCGUGACGAGGAGUUCAUGGAUGAAGAGAAUGAGAAAGAGGAGAGUGAUGAGAAGGAGAACAAAAACAGUCAUGAAGCUCGUGAGGAACAUUACAAGGGGGAUGAUGCUUCCAGCGCUGUGAGUCAUGACAGUCACACAACUGGCACCGAAACUGAGACAUUUAGUUUAGAAAACUCUGAUGCAAACUCAGAAAUGAAUAUGACUAAAUCAGAAAACAGGGCUAAUUAUACAGAGGAAAAUAACAGGAACCAACAUAGUUCAAAUUUUAAUAUUACAGAUGUUGAACUUGCUGUUGUUACUUCUUCCAAUGCAACGUCUGAUAAAGAAACUGGAAGCAGCAGUUUGACCAACACAGUGGAUAACUCGAAUCUAGACAAUACUACCAUAACAAAUUCGGACAGUCACUCAGAAGCAAGAAUUAAUCUGACAGUAGUGAUCCCUGGAAGUAGCAAUAACAUGACAGGAACCAGUGCCGAUACUUCGUCCGAACAGAAUAAAAUGGUAAAAUAUUCUGAAUCAAACCAGACUCAAAAUGGUACUUUAAACACAACAAUCACUGGAGAUGUCAAAAAUGGGCAGACAGAAGGAUUAGAACAGGGUGGUAAAAGAGUCUCUGAAGAAAACCUUCCUGGUGCUAACUCAACAGAAUCUGGAGAUGCAACUGCAGGUGAAUCAUCUAUUCUAGAGGGUGGUGAAUUAGAAAACACAACGAGAUUUGUAGCAUCAAAUGAAACAGAGAUCAAGGGUAAUACUGAAACGAGUGAAACAAACAAAACUCAGAAUAUUUCAUAUAUGAAGGAGAACACUGAUGCCACCACGGAUGAGGAGUCCAAGGGUGACAAGCAAACAGAUGAAACAUCUGACUCAUCUUCUGCGAAGGGAACUUCUGAUUCAGUUGAACUUCAAGACACCGGUUCUUCUGAUUCUCACAUACUCAAGGAAGUGACAGAGGCCCGAACUGAUCUGGAUACGUUGCCAGACAUUAAAAUCGAAGGGGAUAAUAGUGACGCAACUGCAACGGACUAGAAAGAUAGACGUGUGUUCUGGGAAAGAGUUAAUGUAGUUUUUCUUUUGACCCAUGUUAUUUGAACACUUCCUGUUGACAAAAUACAUGUUUAGGCAAGAUGACGGUACAAAUGUAGGCUUGUUUAUAUUCAUAUCAAGGUCUGAAUAUGUAUGAUAAAUUUCUUUUCCACUAUCUAUUGUUGUUGUUAUCGUCUUUUUACUUGCCAUAAGUGUUUUUCUUGUUGAAUUGCUCAUUAUAUCCAAUCCAGUCGAUUU